UCUUGUUUUGCUUAUAUAACCCUUGGCGGAGAGCCCCGAGCCGGCGAAUCGCCACCACAACGCCACUUCCCUUUCCGCGCCGGCCCUGAUCAGUCGCAUCCUCGCCAGUCACAAGCGCCUGCACCAGCACUCCGCUCUGCUCUCCUCCUCGUUGUUGGUCUUCACGCCGCGCCACGAAGAUGCCUUUGGAUUUCUACUGGAUGCCGGCCUCGUCCCCGUGCCGCUCGGCCCUCCUCACCGCCAAGGCCGUGGGGGUCGAACUCAACCUCAAAGAAAUCAACCUGAUGGCCGGGGAGCAGAUGAAGCCUGAGUUCGUGGCUCUCAACCCCCAGCACUGCGUCCCAACCCUCGUGGACGACGACUUUGUGCUGUGGGAGAGCCGCGCCAUCUGCUCCUACCUCGCCUCCCAGUACGGCAAGGACGACAGCCUGUACCCGAACGACCCCAAGGCCAGGGCCAAGGUGGACAGGAUGCUCUACUUCGAUGUGACGCUCUACGAUAGGUUCGGCCUCUACGUGUACCCGUUCAUAUUCGGCGGGCAGGAGCUGGACCCCAAGAGACUGGAGAAGUUCGUGGAGGGCAUGGGCUGGUUGGACGGCUAUCUGGCGGGACAGAAGUGGGCCGCCGCCGACACCAUCACCAUCGCCGACCAUACCCUCGCCGCCUCCGUCAGCACAUUCAUAGCAACCGGCAUCGUGGAUUUUUCGAAGUACAGCAACGUGUCUGCGUGGCUGGCGCGCUGCGAGGCCGAAAUGCCGGGCUACGCAGAGGUCAACACGCCCGGGGCCAACGCCUUCGGGGGAAUGUUCAAGGACAAACAAGCCUAACUUAGCACCGGUAGCAAUGGUCAUGUCACGUGUUUGCAUGCGUCAAUUGACAUUUUCGUGAUGUGUGGAGGAGUAACGAGUAUAGCUGUGGAAACUCUUUAUUUUUUAAUCACUACACAGGAUGACUAUAUAUAGUUCUCACCUGGAUAUAGUUAAUUGUGUGCAUGUAUUUCAUCCAUGUUAAUUAAUAAAAUAGACAAGUGUA